AUGCCCAAGUCCAAAAAAGCCCGCCUCCACGGCCCUCCCCCCGGAGCCGGCGGCGACGCCCCGCAGAAAAAGGCCCGCAAAAUGCACACCUUUUCAAAGCUAUCCACCAAGGCCGACGCAGCUCCAGCAACCAAACCGAAACACACGCCGCAGCAGCAGCAGCAACAGCGCCGGCCCAUCGUGCCAUUCGCAAAGAGGGAUCGAAUCCUGCUCGUGGGCGAGGGCGACUUUUCCUUUGCACGCUCGCUGGUCGAGCACCACGGCUGCCGCCACGUGCUGGCAACCUGCUACGAUGCGCAGGACACUCUGUACGCAAAGUACCCGCAGGCCGAGGGGAACGUACGCGCCAUCUGCGGACCCCGUCAGAACGAGGAUACGGAUCCAGCCCAAGACGAGCCUGCAACGACAACCUCCCCGCGCAAAAGCAGCAGCAGUCGCGUCCUCUUCUCCGUGGAUGCGCGCAAACUCGGCACCCCGUCUGGCGGCGGCAGAGACGUGCGUGUGGGCUUUCCGCGCCGUCGGCGGCGCCGGCCCGCGUGGCUGGAGGCCAAAUUGGCCAAGGAGGGACGGCUACCGUCUGUGCCGAAGGGUAGUGACGGGCCGUGGGACGUGAUCUGUUUCAAUUUCCCGCAUGUGGGCGGGCUGUCGACGGAUGUGAAUCGGCAGGUGCGGGCGAACCAGGAGCUGCUUGUGGGGUUUUUUAAGGCGUGUGUGCCGUUGUUGUCUGCGAGGGUGGUGGAGGAUGGUGGUGUUGAUGAGGAGGAGUGGGAGUGGGAGGGGGGGAGUGAGGGUGAGGGUGAGAGUGGGAGUGAGGAUGAUGGGGGAGGGCAGCGGACGGAACCGGGGCAGAUUCUGGUGAGCAUGUUCGAGGGCGAGCCGUAUACGCUCUGGAAUAUCAAGGAUCUGGCGCGACAUGCGGGUCUGCGGGUGGUGACGAGCUUCAGGUUUCCGUGGGCGUCCUACAAGGGGUAUUCGCAUGCGCGGACGGUGGGCGAGAUUGAAGGGAAGCAUGGAGGGCGAGGCGGCUGGCGCGGGGAGGACCGCGAGGCGAGGAUGUAUGUCUUUGAGAUCAAGGAUGAUCACCCAGUGUCCAAAACCCCGUCGAAAGCUGGGAAGGGCAAGAAGAGACAUGCAUCGGACAGCGAUGACAGUGACUAA